UACCCUUUCCCUUUAUUCUGUGCACUCAGUUGGGUAUAAUUAAUAUCACAACCCUUUCUAUAGCUGAUCAUACACCUUUUUCUUUUCACCCCCUCAUCAUGACCAAUUCCUACAGAUCCAAUGACCUUAACUUUUGGUUGGACCUCAAUUCACCAUGUCUUCUCUCUUCUCCUUCUUCGUCUCCUCCUCCCAUCAAUCCAUCAUUCUAUUUUCCUUCCAGUUAUCAUACCUACACUUCUCCUCCUCCUCAUCAAACAAAACUCCUUCCUUUCCUUCAUCUAAGACAUCAACAACAACAAGAAGAUGAUGAAGAAGAAGAAGAAGAAUGUCUUGAAUCUUCAUUCAGUGCCAUGGAAGUUGACAAGAAAAAGAAAGAGCUAAGUACAUCAUCAUCAUCCAAGUGCUUAGACGAAGAGGAUGCUGUCACUGUGGCUUUACACUUAGGGCUUCCAAGCACUGCUGCAUCUGCUGAUUUAGCUUCAAGCCUAUACUCAGCAGAGGUUUCAGACAAAGGAGAAAAAACCACUGAUGCUUCGGGGUUACUGACAGAUAGAAUUAACAGAGGACAAUAUUGGAUCCCUACUUCUGCUCAGAUUCUGAUUGGUCCAACACAGUUCGCAUGCCCUCUUUGUUUCAAGACGUUCAACAGAUACAACAACAUGCAGAUGCAUAUGUGGGGGCAUGGAUCUCAAUAUAGAAAGGGACCAGAGUCUCUAAGGGGAACACAACCAACAGCUAUGCUAAGGCUCCCUUGCUAUUGCUGUGCUCCAGGAUGCAAGAACAACAUCGACCAUCCGAGAGCAAAACCACUCAAAGACUUCAGAACCCUUCAAACACAUUACAAGAGAAAGCAUGGGACAAAGCCUUUCGUGUGCAGAAAAUGUUGCAAAACCUUUGCUGUGAGGGGUGAUUGGAGAACUCAUGAGAAGAACUGUGGGAAACGCUGGUAUUGCUCUUGUGGCUCUGAUUUCAAGCACAAAAGGUCCCUCAAAGAUCAUAUCAAGGCAUUUGGAUAUGGACAUACGGCUCAUGGAAAUGACUGCAUGAACCUUGACCAAGAUGAUGAUCAAGCAGGUUCUGAAAUUGAACAAGAAAAUUAAUGCAGCUUUUCCAGUGCGCAGUUUAUAUGAUGUCAAUCUAUGUAACUAUUGCUGGUUUCUCAUAUCUCAUCACCUUUAUUAAUUUUCUCAUUGCGUCUUGGUAUUUCAUAUCAGACUGUAACAAAUGCUCCUGUCGUGUCAUUUUUUGUUUUGGUUUAAAUUUCUAUCUCUCUGUAAACAUAAACGAGAAGUAAUUUGUAUUACAU